AUGACUACAAUCGAACAAGAGAAUUUUGCAAAUCAAGAGCUCAGUUGGUAUUUUAGAAAACACAAGAAGUCAACGAAACGGUAUACUCCAUUUAACAGUAAAGAUUUGGAGAACUUACCGACAGAAUGUAAUGGUAAAAUAGAUGCUUUGUGGUUGUGGGUGAACGGGACAGACCCGACGUGGAUCACCAAAUUAAAAAAAUUCACCAAUUCCACAUACGACCCAAACAAGUUUAGAGACUACAACACUUUGUUGUACUCUUUUAGAAGUGUCAGAAAGUUUGCGCCUUAUAUAAAAAAUUAUUUUCUCGUCACGGACGACCAAGUACCAAAUUUUCUCAAGCGUCCAUUGAAUGAAACUGUUUACAUACUCAAAGACGGAGAAUAUACUUUGGAAGUCGUUUCUCACCGAGAAAUAAUUAAUAAGGAAUUUUUGCCUGUGUUUAGUAGUGAUAACUUGGAAUUGCAUUUGCACAACGUGAAGAACCUUGGCGAGUGUUUUGUGUAUUUUAAUGACGAUGUUUUAUUGACCAGACCAAUUCCUUUAAAUUACUUAUAUCAUAAUAAAAAAGUUAAUAUUUAUAUUACUGGUAACACUGGAAAUGCUCAAUUAGCGAAAACGAGAAUAUGGGAUAAUGCUACAUUCAACACAAACACAUUCAUUAAUCGGAGGUUUAUGUUUAAUAAAGAGAAAAAACACUAUUUCCAAACACACGUAGAAAUCAUUAUGAGAAAAAGCGUUUUAAAGUUGAUGGAAACGGAAUUCAACGAGGAAUAUCGAAAACGCGAAAUAAAUAGAGUGAGGAAGUUAACUCG